CCAGGGUCGCCCUGCUGCGGUGGCCAGCCGGCAAGAUGCUCUCCAGAGUGGCUUGGAGCUUGGCACUGAAGACCCGUGGACUUGGAACUCGGGGGACUCACAGCCCAGGGGACACUGCUCGUGGUCCAGGGAAGAUGACCCCGUACACCAGCUACUAUGCCCAGCGUUCCUACCUGCCUGACGAACCCUUCUGCACUGACCUCAGUGCCGAGCAGCGGGCCCUGAAGGAGAAGGAGAAGGGCAGCUGGGCCCAGCUGAGCCGCGACGAGAAGGUGGCAUUGUACCGGCUCCAGUUCCACCAGACCUUUGCGGAGAUGAAUCGCCACUCCAACGAGUGGAAGACGGUGAUGGGCUGUGUCUUCUUUUUCUGUGGACUCACUGCUUUGAUGAUCUGGUGGCAGCGGGUCUAUGUGCUCCCUGAGAAGCCCGUCACCCUGACUGACGAGCGGAAGGCCCAGCAGCUCCAGCGUAUCCUGGACAUGAAGGCCAACCCUGUGCAAGGCCUGGCCUCCCGCUGGGACUAUGAGAAGAAGGAGUGGAAGAAGUGACGCACCGCUUCCCCGGCAGGGCCACCCUGAUCCAGAGCCUGUGCUGUCCCCUCCAUGACAAUAAA